AUGUCUUCUACAAGUAGCAGUCGUCUUUGUAGCUGCUUCCGUUCGACGUGGGCUUCGACAGGGCAGUUUAUUGUGUCACAGGAGGACAGAGUUAGGCGGAGACGACGCUUGUUGUUGGGGGUUGUUGUUUUACUGCUGGUGGACGUUCUUUGGGUUGGCUCGUCAGAACUGACAGAUGUGAGGACUUAAAAUAUUACUAGCGUGCGUAAUUAUCCACCAAAGUAAUUAUUUAAAAGCAAACCUUUUUAUCAGAACAUUACAAUAAAAAUCAUUAAUGAAAGUAAUUAUCAUCUGAUAUUCUUGGUUUGCAACCAUGUCACCUCAUGGCAAGGCUUCUAUGUUGGUGGUCAAUACAAAAAUACACAUAAUUUUUUACAUGAGUAAAAUUUGCAAUUUAAAAAUUUACAAUUUGUAUGAGAACAGGGUUUUGAGUUUCCAGUAGAGAGAAAUGCUUUUGCUAUUGACCACCAAGAUGUUUGCCAUGAUGUUGUCACAUGUAAACCAGCUGAUAUGGUUGCUUUUAUUAGGGGCUCACCAUUAAUUAGAAACGUUUUGACAGGAGUGGGGAAUUUUUUUGGUUAACUUCUCCCUUAUUUCUUUAGUUAUUCUUCCCUUGCAUGAUUUUUUUGUACUUUUUCUGCUCCCUCCCCCCUCCCAUAACUUUUCUAAUGGUCUGUCCAAUAAAUAGAAGUGUCCACGGCAAGAGGCUGGUGGGGCUGUGCAAAGAAAUGAACAUAACACAUUUCUGGAAAUUUGUUGAGUCCAUUGGGAUUUGAUUUUGUCUGCAGUAUCACAAGUCAUAACCUAUCUACUUUCCAAAAAUAAUCUGACCCCUCGGAACAAAUUUUGGGCAGCCUUUACGGAAACAAAAAUUUGCUUUCCACUAAAUAGAAAAUAGUUAGCAUUUCAGGGUUGUGUAAAUAAGAAGUGGAAUAUGUAAGUUAAAGAUUCUUUUACUCUCUCAUAUGUGUCAAAAAUCCAUGUUGCCCUGAUCUGCAGUAAGUAAUCAACAUUCUCACUGCUUUUUAUCAAGUAUUUGUAGUUUUUAUGGUUACACAGAAUUAGGAAUUAGUUUUCUGUUAUACGUACAUUUAGUUUGACCAAAACCUUUUUCUUUGCAGUUUAUUUUCAAAUAUGAAGGAUUUGACAAGCCUUUUUUCACCACAUUCUUCAAGACAUCAUCAUUUAUGAUAUAUUUGACUGGAUUUCUUUUUUAUGAGCCAUGGAGGCUUCAAUGCAUUGCAUGCUUAAAGAAUGAAACAUCUUCAAAUGUAAGUGACUAACAAGAAAGAACAUUAUGAUCUCUAUGCAGAUCCUUAGAUUAUUAUUUGCCAUUUGCACAGCUCCUAUAAAACACCUUGUUUAUCCCCCAAUUUUUGUAAUUUUUCCAACUUCUUGUGAGAUGACUGUAAUACCCAGGUGGAAAUUGAAACAAAGGGUAUGCAUUUUUUUUGGGGGGGGGGGAGGAGGGGAGAGCAAAUAAGGUUUAUUUGGGGUGAUGUGCAAAUUGACAAAUUAAACUUUCAAAAUAUAUAUUUUUUAUAUUUAGGGGGGUCACCACAUUAAAGUUCACAUGCAAUAUAGAGAAUCUGUCAGUUAAUUCAAGGUCACUUAGGGUUUUCUAUUGGCAUCUCUUAAUUUUUUUUUUCACUUGAAAAUGCAGCUGAUUCCUUAUCUUGAAUUACUUUCUGUUUUGUUAAACUCUCUAUUAUAAAAUCUAAAACCUACUUCUUUUUCUCAGUCAAAAUCCGUAAUCUUACCCUAAAAUUUUUAAAGCUCCCCCAGAUAUAAACAGGGUGCAAAGAAAGUCAUUUUUAAAGCUUGUCAUUCGGGCAAGUUGUAGCUAGCAUAUACUAGCCCAAACUUCAUUUCAACUAGCCCCCAAAACAUUUUGAUGAGCAGGAUUGAUUUCACAGUUCUUCUGUAAUUUGAAUUCCUCCAAAAACUUCACUUGCCCAUCGGGCAAGUUAAGAACAGAAUUCACUAGCCUGAGAGUAAAAUCCGCUAGUCACGGGCUAUCGGACAUGACUUUCUUUGCAUGCUGUAUAAAACAAUUUUCCUUUCCCAGGGGUAAGAAAACUGGAUGGAUUGCUGUAGCAUUUUGUCUGGACAUUUGUUUUUCAGGUCUUGGUAUCUGCUGUAAAUCAAGACAGUGAACACACAUCUCUUUUAAACUCACCUUCAUCCUCAGGGGAAACUACCCCAAUCCCAAGACCACUAAUGGUGAGUUGCAUCUUUUUGAACUUCCAAAGGAAGCCACAGUUAAAAUUCAACAAAUUUCAUAAAUUUCAUGUUAUAAAAUGCUGAAAUAGAGAGGUUUCACUUGUAUGGUGACCGUCACUUCAUAAAAUUUUGUGCAAAGACUCUAAAUUAUGACAACCAUAUAUUGAUAAGAUAAAAGAUUAAAUAGCAAAAUAAAUGACUCACUACCCCCUAAUGAUACCUCCUAUGUGUUGCCUGUUUAGGAAACAUCCCUUGAUACCCUCCCAGUAAACAGUGUUAAAAUAUCCAGGUAAAACAAUUAAUGAAAACUAUUGGUUUCAUCUUAGUAACAAUGGUUAAACUCUGUCUGCGUGCAGCCUGUAGUUUUCAUUACUGUCUUUUGUUAAUUGUCAGAAUGAGCCAACUUUUGAAGAAAUGACCGAUGACGACAUUUCAACCAGCCGAUCAGCUGAUGUAGCUAGUAUUUCCUUUGAAAUCAUUCCAAGUAAGUUAAAACACAUGCCUUGGAGAGAGAUUUACCUAGUGCUUACUAAUAGUCUGGGUCUGCUGUGACUCACAUCCGGCAUUGUCAUUGUUAAAAUUUAAAGUAAAUUAAUGUUCACUUUUAAUCACAUGCAUGGCAUACUAUCAACUUCAAAUACUUUGCAAAAUCAGGUAACAGAAUUAGGUAAUUUUACAAGUGGUAAUCAAGUGAAAAAUAUUUUGAAUAUUGGUCACUUGCUUUAAUACACUCAUUAUCUUAACUAUAUGACAGGACCUAGGCGGGUGACAUUUAGCAGUGUGAGAGAAGUGCGGCAAUUAUCAGGUAAAUAUAUGUAAUUUGGUUUAUUAGGGAGCUGUUUUUGGACAGUAUUUACAGCUCGAUCAUGAAAAAUUUCCAUGUUUUGAAUGGAGCAAAUUUGCAUUUUUCAGAGCAUAAUUCUGAACAGGCAAGGUUGACCAGACUUCCUUACCACUUGGGUGAAGAUCAGAAACUUCCUGUCCAUCGUGUUGCUAAGGUUGCCUUGCUAUUCUGCUUACUGGUGAGUUUUAAGGCUUUUUUGAAGUAGUUAGGGGGUGGGGUAGGGUGUGUGUGUGUGAUGUGACCAAAGCUUCUCUCCUGAGGAAGAUAACAGAAUCAAGAACGAGCUGAUGGUGAGUGGUCUCACUGCAAAGUUUUGAAUAUUUUGAUGUCAUUUCCAUGGUCGAUAACAGUAAAGACUAUGAAAAAGUGUUGGCGAUUUGUUUUUUACAAUAACAUUGAUAGUUUUGACAUCCAUUUCCUUUGAAAUUUCNAUCAUGAAAAAUUUCCAUGUUUUGAAUGGAGCAAAUUUGCAUUUUUCAGAGCAUAAUUCUGAACAGGCAAGGUUGACCAGACUUCCUUACCACUUGGGUGAAGAUCAGAAACUUCCUGUCCAUCGUGUUGCUAAGGUUGCCUUGCUAUUCUGCUUACUGGUGAGUUUUAAGGCUUUUUUGAAGUAGUUAGGGGGUGGGGUAGGGUGUGUGUGUGUGAUGUGACCAAAGCUUCUCUCCUGAGGAAGAUAACAGAAUCAAGAACGAGCUGAUGGUGAGUGGUCUCACUGCAAAGUUUUGAAUAUUUUGAUGUCAUUUCCAUGGUCGAUAACAGUAAAGACUAUGAAAAAGUGUUGGCGAUUUGUUUUUUACAAUAACAUUGAUAGUUUUGACAUCCAUUUCCUUUGAAAUUUCUUGAAAAGUUACACCUACAAGACAGAGAAGAACAAAUUUUGCCACCAUCACAUCAUUUCCAUGGUCUGUAAGUUUAUCAAACAAAGCUCUCCACCAAUCAGCACACAAGAAAUCACCCAGUUAUUGUAAAAUGAAUAUUUCUCACAAUAUUAUCAUCACCAUUUGAAAAAACAUUUAGGGGCAAAAACUAGAGGUUGUGUCUCAGGGUGUUUCUUCAGUUCAAGUAGUUACAUCGAUCAGGAUUGGCAAACCUACUACUACGCUACAUUUUGCUGUCAGAUUUUUGAUAUAUUUUAGUCUCUCUUCUGUGCAGAGGCUGAAAGGGGCAUGAGGUGGGGUGGGUCCAAGUGCAAAAUUUGGUCGGUAAUUGGCAAAAAGUUUUGUGCCUGCACUCACUUCGUACAGAGGAGAGAAAUAUGUGGUGACUAUGUUUAACAUCCUGCACACCCCUUGCCCUUCUUGCCAUAUUUUUUAAAAACAUUUACUUCCUUUGGAGUUUCUUGCAUUCACCGUUGGAGACAAUGAUCAUUAGAUUAGAAAUUAUUUUCUCUACUGACUAGCUUCUCUUCCACAGUGGUUUUGUGCUAACUGCAGUUAUCAGGAAGCCAUUGCACACACAUCACCAGCAGCAGUAAAUAUUUUGUCAUCCUCAUCAGGUAAGAUUACUUGCUACAGGUAUUCCUUAGCCUAAAAUUAGCCUCUCAAGUGGGGUUUUUGUUCUCUUUUUGCAUUGGCUUAGGCUCAUUAGUGUGUAAUGUGUACUGUCUCAUUUCACAUCUUAGCUGUGCUCACUUAACAAGAGAGCUCCCUAACACCUUCACAUAUUUUAUCACCUUUUAUAUGCAAUUUGUGCAUCACUGUGAGCAAAAUACUGUGAUAUGACCAUUUAGCAGUAAUUUUCAGGUUUCUCUUUGCCACUUAACAAAAUUAUAUAGAUUUAGAUGACGUCUGUUUUUUUUUCUUUGAAAAGUUGACUUUGUUUUCUUGUCUUGUGAGAAAGAAGUUGUUAACUCUCAGUCAGAUCAAUGCAUUUAAUGCUUCAUUUUUAAAGACAACUUUUUGGUGGAUUUAAGUAAUAGCAUUUUUUAAUUUGCUUUUUUUCCAGGGUUAUUUACACUCAUAUUAGCAUCUGUGUUCCAGAGUUCAUCUGCUGAUAAAUUCUCCAUCACAAAACUACUGGCUGUUCUUAUGAGGUGAGUUAGUUAAUAAAUUAUGAGUAAACAAGUGCCUUUUUUAAGAUUACUGUGAAGUGAGUGAAGGGUUUCAAAGUCUAUAGCUUGGUAGUCUUAGUAUCAGGUGUAGGAGGGUCUGAUACUUAGGCUAAUAUGCAGCUGGGUUGAUUGAACACUCUUCCCCAGAUAUUUACAGAUGGUACAUUUGAAUCUGUAACCAUGGCUGUCAUUAAGUGCCGGGGGCGGAGAUUUCCUCCAGCCACAUAAAUGUGUUCCCCACUACUUUCAUAGGAAAAGAAAAGAUUCCCUGCUUGCUUAUUGUAUUUACCCGGAAACUUGAAAUCUUAGUGAUAUCUCCCUGUGUAACAUUGGCUACCGUUAUAAUAAGUAUUCAAUCUGAAUGAUCUUAUCUUACAAAAGAAUAGGGGACUGUAAGCAAUGGAAGUUUUGAAAGCUCUAAAACACAAUUUGUCACUGUUGAUGAUGACGAUGAUAAAUAAUAAUAAUUAUAAUAAUAAUAAUUUUAAAAAAAUACAAAAUUACCCACUCCCCUUAUGGGGCUUUUCAGGGAUAAUGUAACAAUAGUUCAAAUAGAAUAUAAUGUGUUUAAGAAUCCCAACUGGCAGGAGGCGAAACAAGUCGGCUAUUUACAAUUCAAAUUAGACAGAAGUGUGGCCGAGGAUUUGAACUUGGGACUGCCUUGAACAAAUCUAGCUAGCGGUCAGAGCGGGACUUGAGCUCAAGGCUUCCAAAUUACAAGUCCAAUGCUCUAACCACUUGGCAACGCUGCCUCCACAUGGUGAUGAUAAUAUUAAUGAUGAUGAUGAUGUUCUUCUUCUUCUUCUUCCAUGAAACCCUGCCUCAAAAAUGAUGAGGAUGAUGAUGAUGAUUAUUAUUAUUAUUAUUAUUAUGAUGUUAUAUGAGAGAGGUGUCUAUCAUAGAAUUUUGCUUUUAAUCAAUAUUAAUUUUACUGUAAAUGUAUAUUUUCUUUUCAACAUGACAGCAUCACGGGGAUAGUGUUGGUGACACUUUCUGACUCCAAGAACAAAGCUGGUGGGAUAAGUGUGGGAGCGUUAUGGGCUUUGGCCAGUGCAUUUUUGUGAGUUUUUUAAAUAGCCUAGUCUUCUCUCUUUUUAUGACACCGCUACUUUCUUAGCACUAAUUGUGUACUGUUGUUUACUAGGUAUUCCUGUUAUUUAAUUAUGCUGAAACACAAAGUCCCUGAUGAGAAACAAAUGGAUAUUCCAAUGUUUUUUGGUAAGCAAUAAUAAUACUUAUUAAUUUUGAUGAAAAGGUGAACAGGUUGGUUUGCCUCUUCAUGAACCAAACUUGAGCCGUGAUCUUUCUUCAUUAAUUUGGUACAGUACUACUAAAGUGAUUUCAGGUUUACUUAUAGGGGUAGAACAAUAAUUCCUGGUAAACCAGUAGUUUUCAUUGUGGCCCACAAGGAUAAGAAUUCCAACUGGCAAGAUGCAAACCAGUUGGCUUUAUAUAAGUGUGACUGAAGAGUUGAACUUGAUCAACAGGUAGCCAACAAUAAUUGUCAUUGGUCUUAAUUGCUGACCAGUCUGUAGCUGAUAUCAUCCUGGUCCAUGUUGGUUGAUGAGAACAAAAGAGGUUUUCUCCGCUGCGAUAUAUACUCUUUUCCUUCAGGCAAAUUCUUUGAAAAGUAUUUUGUAUUGUUUGUUUAUUAACAUGGCCACCUUGUCAAGUGGUUGAAAACUGAGAAUACAAAAGUAAAGGCCAGGAACAUAGUUAAUUGAGUGGAAUGGUUAUGAAACCCGUCAGACUCCUUUGUUAUAUGUUAUUGUGGACCUGAAAGUGCACAACGUUCAAAAGAAUUCCUGUCAUUUUGAUUGUAUUGACCAAUAAAAACGUUGCAUUAAUUUAUUCCGUAACAAUUUGCCAACAGAAAACAAAGGAUUGUGCACUUUCAGGGUGCUACCAACAUAAACUGCAGCACUGUUGUUUUUAUCAUUGAUGUUUUCCGCCUUUCAUAACCAGUCUCCUCUAAUAACUAUGCCAGGAACUAUAGACAAAUUUUGUCUUUGUUCCUCCUUAACAUUUCAAACCAUUUUUUGUUAGCUGGCCUUGACAUACAAAACACUUUUAACGUUUCUUCUGAUUCCGCUGGUAUCCGGUGCACCUAUUUCCUAACGGCUUUCUAAUAUUAUUCUCUUAUUUUAAUCAUUUCAGGCCUUGUUGGAGCAUUUAAUUUUUUCCUUCUUUGGCCAGGAUUUCUAUUCCUUAAUUAUUUGCGGUUAGAAGUAUUUGAACUCCCCCCAAGUGCAACAGUGUGGGGCUACAUAGCUCUGAAUGCUUUCAUUGGAACUGUGCUGUCAGAAUUCCUAUGGCUUUGGUAAAUAUGACUUUACACAUUGGUGUUUACAGUGGAUUCACGUGACUGCAGCAGUUACUUUUUGACUGCUGUGACACUGAAGUAAAAAUCAAAGCAUCAGCACCCAUCUUAUUGACCAAUCGCAGUCCGUAGCAAGGACGUGUAGCCGGCGUCAAAAAGCGCGGCAAAACUCGCGCGAGCAAAUGUGAUUGGUUGAAAAAGUAACUCAGCCACUGACACAGCUGAGCGUUGCAGAGUCAACAUAGCUUUCCCCAGUACUGAGUCCAACAGUUUCUGAGUUCGGGUCUUACGUUAGCCUAAAUUUAUUCAGGCUUUUUUUAGUUGCGUCUAUAACUGUGAUGAUUAAAUAAUGAGUUAAUUGUGUGGUUAAAUAAUUACAUAAAACUUGGACAUUUUCUAACUUAUCAAUAACAGUUUUUUCCUGAAUUGUUUCCAAGGGGUUGCUAUUUGACGUCAUCAUCAACAGCGACGCUGUCUCUGAGUCUGAUUAUACCGCUGACCAUGUGUGUCGAUGUGUUCAUGAGGAGGGUAAGAUCACUGCUAUAUAACGGAGCUUUAGCAACGAAGACGCGACACGGCGAAAACGUGACUGUUACAAUGAAUUUGUCUUUCCUCAAACGUCACCGCUCCAUUCAAUAAUUGCUAAGUAUUCUCGGUGUUUCUUAUUUUGUAGGUUCAUUUUUCGUGGAUGUUCUUACUUGGCACCAUACCCGCCUUUGCGUCUUUUUUUGCCGUGAGUUUACUUACACAUUAUGGAGACUGGGACCCCAUCUUGAUCGGCUUAAAGAAACUUUUGAACAUUAGAAGACGACGGAUGACUAGUGGGUAAGUAAGAUGAGUUAGUAGUGAAGCUCUCACUGGUAUUUUUUAUCGAAGUUUCCUCGUUUCUUCCCCAAAAUACCAGAAAAAUAACAUCAGGUUACGUUAGUCUUGUUGAGCACUGGUCUACUCUACAGUACUUUCUUUCCGAACGCUUCUUUUUUCACUGAAAUAGUCAGUAAUGCAAAAACCUUUAUGUUGUAGCUUUUACCUUUUUUGAAAGAAUCGUGUCGUGUGACCAUUUAUAUGAAACUCCUGAGACCUGCUAUUAUUAUAGUGUCUUCAAUGGACUCAUAGCCUUCGUCGCAAGCGUUCCGUCGUAGACAGAGUUGGAACGUGAGCGAAAAAUGGGAAAUGAAGGGGGAAGGUGAGGGGAGAAUAGGAAAGUCUCCCCUCCCCCACUCCCUACUUCCAUUUUUUCUCUCGCUACCACCUUCACGCAAUAACUCGAUGGCAAACGCUUGCUGCGCAGGCUCAAUAAUGGACUCAGUGUUAACAGUUUUGUGUAUAUUAAAAUUUUUCAGGACACUGGACGUUGAGCAAAGAGAAGGUUUAAUAAAUAGCGUUCGAGAUGAAGAAAACGACUUAUGCAGCAAUAAAAAUGAACAUCUAUCUUAA